UGUGUCAUGGCGGGUGACGUGUUACAGCUGUUCGGGAUUUCGUUUUGUUUGUGUUUCUUGCUAACCGGAUAUGCAGAGAAGCGAUACAGCUACACCGAGAAGCAGCGCUAUGACGGCUGGUUUAACAAUUUGGCACACCCAGAGUGGGGGGCUGUCGAUGGACACAUGACGCGCAAGAGCCCGCCAGCGUACUCGGACGGUGUCUACAUGUUGGCGGGUCAGGACAGGCCCAGUCCGCGCAAACUCAGCACCCUGUUCAUGAAGGGCGACGAUGGCAUGGGCUCCUUGAAGAAUCGAACUGCACUGCUCGCCUUUUUCGGCCAAGUGGUGAGCUCGGAGAUCGUGAUGGCGAGCGAAUCCGGAUGUCCCAUAGAGGUGCAUCAAAUCGAGAUAGAGAAGUGUGAUGAGAUGUACGACAAAGAGUGCGAGGGCGGCAAGUCCAUCCCGUUCCACCGCGCCGGCUACGACCGGAAGACUGGUCAGAGCCCCAACAGUCCAAGAGAACAGAUCAACAGGGUGUCGAGCUGGAUCGACGGCAGUUUCAUCUACAGUACGAGCGAGGCCUGGGUGAACGCGAUGAGAUCAUUCAAGAACGGCACGUUCCUGAGCGACGCGACUGGCAAGUGGCCGGUGCGUAACACCAUGCGAGUGCCGCUGUUCAACCAACCCGUGCCGCACGUCCUACGCACGCUGAGUCCGGAGAGGCUCUUCUUAUUAGGUGACCCGAGGAGUAACCAGAACCCUGCUCUGUUAUCUUUUGGAAUUUUGUUCUUCCGGUGGCACAACGUCAUGGCUGGCAGGGUCCAGAGGGACCACCCGGACUGGAACGAUGAGGAGGUGUUCCAGAGGGCGAGGAGAAUCGUCAUCGCCAACUUGCAGAACAUCGUAAUGUACGAGUACCUCCCCGCGUUCCUGGGAGAGGAGCUGCCCGAGUACGAAGGAUACAAGCUGGACACCCAUCCCGGGAUCACCCACACAUUCCAGAGUGCGGCCUUCCGGUUCGGCCACACCAUGAUACCCCCAGGCAUCUACAGGCGCGACGGUUCCUGCAACUACAGGAAGACCCACAUGGGUAACCCGGCACUGCGGUUGUGUGCCCACUGGUGGGACUCGGGGGAUGUCAUGCACGAGAGCACGCUGGAGGAGUUGAUGCUGGGGAUGGCCUCUCAACUGGCAGAGAAGGAAGAUACGGUCUUGUGUUCGGACGUGAGGGACAAACUCUUCGGGCCCAACGAGUUCAGCCGACGUGACCUGGGAGCUCUGAACAUCAUGAGGGGUCGAGACAAUGGAGUUCCCGACUAUAACACGGUCAGAUCUUGUUAUGGACUGCCAAAGAAGAAAACGUGGGAAGAGAUCAACCCGGAGCUGUUUGAGAGCAAGCCGGAGCUUCUUGAGUCACUGAAGAAGGCUUACGAUGGAGAUGUAAACAACAUCGACUUGUAUAUCGGAGGCAUGCUGGAAUCCCACGGAGGUCCUGGAGAGUUGUUCACUGCCGUGAUCCGAGAGCAGUUCUUGCGACUGCGCCAGGCCGACCGCUUCUGGUUCGAGAAUGUUGAGAACAAUAUAUUUACUGAAGAAGAAAUUGAGGAGUUGCGUCAAAUCACAAUGUGGGACAUCUUGCUGAACGCUACCGAUAUACAGCCUGGAGAACUCCAGCGAGACGUCUUCUUCUUCGCCGAAGGUGACCCUUGCCCUCAGCCCUUCCAGUUGAACACCUCCCAGCUGGAACCUUGCUCCUAUCUCAAGGGCUAUGAUUACUUCGAGGGAAGUGAGCUGGCGUACAUCUACGCCUGUGUGUUCCUGGGGUUCGUGCCGCUGGUGUGUGGAGGGGCGGGCUACGGAGUCAUCAAGCUGCAGAACCGCAGACGCAGACAGCUGCGGAUGAUGCAAGAAGAACUCAAGACGGGCAAUAAACCAGCAGCAGCAUCUGUUGACAAGAUGGCAGUUAGAGAGUGGCUUCACGCAAACCACCGCCGUAUUGUGAAGCUGCGCUUCGGUCCAGAGACCAAUCUUCACACAGUGGACCGGAAGGGAGAGAAGCUGCGAAGCGUGAGCUUCAAGAACGGUGACACAAUCACUGUCGAGGAGUCUCAGGUUCCCGAGAGAGGGAAGAAGAAACGCCCUCUGGUGUUGGUGAGAGUACCACGUGAUCACGACUUGGUCCUCGAGUUCGACUCUCUUUCCUCUCGACGCAAGUUCAUGUCCAAGUUCGAAUCAUUCCUUAAUUCACACAAGAAACAUAUAAUUGCACUUCAGUCACCUCGAGAUCUGAUGCUAGCAAAGGCUGAAACGAGAGAGAGAAGACAGCGGAGAUUAGAACACUUCUUCCGAGAAGCUUACGCGCUUACGUUCGGCCUCAAGCCGGGCGAGAAGCGUAGACGAGAGGAUGAGAACGGGGACGUUGUGAUGCGUACUUCUCUGUCCAGUGCCGAGUUCGCCAGCGCACUCGGCAUGAAGCCUGACGCAGUAUUUGUCCGGAUGAUGUUCAACAUCGUGGAUAAAGAUGGCGAUGGCCGCAUUUCAUUUCAGGAAUUUUUAGACACAGUAGUAUUGUUUUCAAGGGGCAAGACAGAAGAUAAAUUGCGGAUCAUAUUUGACAUGUGUGACAAUGAUCGAAACGGAGUUAUAGACAAAGGGGAGUUAUCAGAAAUGCUGAGGUCACUUGUGGAGAUUGCCAGGACAACAAGUUUGUCUGACGCUCAUGUCACUGAGCUUAUAGACGGGAUGUUCCAGAAUGCUGGGUUGGAGAGAAAAGACUUCCUUACUUAUGCUGACUUCAAGUUAAUGAUGAAAGAAUAUAAGGGAGAUUUUGUUGCAAUUGGAUUGGACUGUAAGGGGGCCAAACAGAAUUUUCUGGACACUUCAACCAAUGUGGCCAGAAUGACCAGUUUCCACAUAGACCCAAUCUCGGACAUGGACAAAGGUUGGCUGAGCAGACAUUUGGACUGUGUAACUACUUACCUGGAGGAGAACCGGCAGAACAUCUUCUACCUAUUCGUCUUCUAUGUUAUUACCAUUGCUCUCUUUGUUGAAAGAUUCAUUCAUUACUCGUUUCUGGCUGAACACACGGACCUGCGCCACAUCAUGGGCGUCGGCAUCGCCAUCACACGAGGGUCCGCCGCCUCGCUCUCCUUUUGCUACUGCCUGCUGCUCAUCACGAUGUCGCGCAACCUGCUCACCAAGCUGAAGGAGUUUGCAGUCCAGCAAUAUAUCCCACUCGAUGCCCACAUCCAGUUCCACAAGAUCGCCGCCUGCACCGCUCUCUUCUUCUCGUUACUACAUACUGUCGGUCACAUCGUCAAUUUUUACCAUGUUUCCACCCAGCCUCUAGAGCAUCUCCACUGCCUCACCAGUGAGGUCCACUUCCCCUCUGACUACAAGCCAGGCAUUACCUUCUGGCUCUUCCAGACCAUCACAGGAAUAACGGGAGUAAUGCUGUUCUGUGUGAUGGUGAUCAUCUUUGUCUUCGCCCACCCUCUGAUUCGCAAGAAGGCCUACAAGUUCUUCUGGCUCACCCACAGUCUCUAUGUGAUCCUCUACUUGCUCUGUCUGAUCCACGGAUUGGCUCGGAUAACAGGACCUCCUCGCUUCUGGAUGUUCUUCAUCAUCCCGGGCAUCAUCUACACGUUAGACAAGAUUGUGAGUUUGCGGACCAAAUAUUUGGCGUUGGAUGUUUUGGAGACGGAGCUGCUGCCCUCAGAUGUUAUCAAGAUCAAGUUCUAUCGUCCACCCAACUUCAAGUACCUCUCAGGCCAGUGGGUGCGUCUGGCUUGUACGGCUUUCCGCACGGAUGAGUUCCACAGCUUCACACUGACAUCGGCUCCUCACGAGAACUUCCUUUCGUGUCACAUCAAGGCUCAGGGUCCCUGGACAUGGAAAUUGCGCAACUACUUCGACCCCUGCAACUACAAUCCUGAUGAGGAUCAGCCUAAGAUACGUCUAGAAGGACCUUUCGGCGGAGGGAACCAGGACUGGUACAAGUUUGAAGUGGCUGUAAUGGUGGGGGGAGGUAUCGGCGUCACUCCUUACGCCUCCAUUCUCAACGAUCUGGUAUUUGGCACUUCGACCAAUAGAUACUCAGGAGUAGCUUGUAAAAAGGUUUACUUUUUGUGGAUCUGUCCCUCCCACAAGCACUUCGAGUGGUUUAUAGACGUUCUAAGAGACGUUGAGAAGAAAGACGUCACCAACGUUUUGGAAAUCCACAUUUUCAUCACACAGUUCUUCCAUAAGUUCGACUUAAGAACUACAAUGCUGUACAUCUGUGAGAACCACUUUCAGCGUCUGUCCAAGACAAGCAUGUUCACAGGCCUCAAGGCCAUCAAUCACUUUGGCCGGCCCGACAUGUCAUCGUUCCUCAAAUUUGUACAGAAAAAACAUAGCUACGUGAGCAAGAUCGGAGUGUUCAGUUGUGGUCCUCGGCCCCUGACCAAGAGCAUCAUGUCUGCAUGCGAGGAAGUCAACAAGGGCAGGAAACUGCCUUACUUCAUCCAUCACUUUGAGAACUUUGGUUAAUUCUAUGAAUUGAUUAGUAUUAUAUUCAUUCAUCGCAUCAAUUCAUUCGUACAAUUUGUAAACACUGACUUCUCACAUUUUUAAGACUUUCUUCAAGGUUUAUAACAUUAGUAUAAUAUGAUGUGGGAUUACUUAGCAAUGUCAGUUUUAGUACUAUUAAACAAGCACAGAAAAUAAAUAAUACUGCAUUUGCUUCUAAUUUUGGAAAUAUUGUUAUUAAUUUGUCAAAAAGUUAAAUUAAUAAUGUAAUCAAAAUAUAUAAGUAUUAUUUCAAAUAAAUUUUCUAUUAAAAAUACAGGGAAGUGUAAUUAAAAAACAGAACAGUAAAUUUGCACUAUAGAGACUGGUUAGAUAAGUUUUUAUAUAAACAAAUUUAAAUUAUACAAUGUUUACACAAUUAGUUUAACAGCAUAAAAAUUAUAUCAUAUCUUAAUUAAUUAUGUAAGAAUGGCUCUAAUGUAUUACAUUUUUUGUUGUCAUUAGUAUAUUGUUGUUGUACAUUAGUACAUUACAUAAUUAUUGUCAAUACAUUUUCAAACCUAUACUCCUUGCAGUAAUUUUAUAAACUUGUUUCAGUCUAAUUUUUAUAUAAUAUAAACAUUUUUUUAAAUUAAAAAUGUAUAGUACUCAAUAAAGUUAAACAUGUAACAGCCAUGGUAUAUUACUUUUAUUAUAUAUGCUUAUUACUUUGAGCUAUAAAAAUCCACUCAUAAACCCAGAUCAUAAAGGUUUAGACUUAUUUUUUCGUUUCCUUUUAAUAAACUUUAACUCUGCCCUAAGUCUUGGUAUGUUUUAUACCAAUAAAACAACUUCUAUUACUUUAUUAAUAGUAUUCACUAUUAAAAAUAACAAAACUUUUUGAAUCCACAAAGUUAUUGCUAGAUAUAGCCUAAUUGUCAUUUUUAUUAUUCAUUGGAAGUUUUUUUUUUUAAAUCAAGAUAUCCAUAAAUUUUUAUGAUUGGGUACGAUAUAAGGUUUUUUUAUGUCAAUAAGUUGAUAUUUUUUAAUGCAGAAACAAAAUAGGAAUCUCUAUGAAAGAUUCAGUUUGCAUUUUUCUCACUAAAACAAAUUAAAAACUAAAAAAUAAUUGUUAAGGUAUUUAUUAAAUAACAUCUAGACUUAGGAUGAACUAAAGAACAUUUUUUCUAAAUUAAUUGAGUACAGGUUCUCACCUGUACUCAAGGUUAUUUAAGGGACAUACACAACCAUUGCUAUACAUUGAUGCAUUGAAGUUCAUUCCUAAAUAAGAUUUAUGCCACAUUAUCAUUUGUAUGUAUCGUUUUAACCAAUGCCAACGAUCUUGGCUAUGUUUUAUACGUAAUUACAAACGGUGUAAAGUUUAGUUUGUGGUAAAAAAGGCCUUUAUAUUUAUUGAAAUACUAUAGAGCUUAUAAAGUGCAAUUCAGUUAAAGUUAUGUCAUGUUUUUUAAUAAGUAAAAUAAAGCACAUUAACCUUGAUAGGCAAUUACUCACAUCCUUAAAAAAUAAGAUGUGAAAAAAAGUAAGAUUUUCCUCCUGAACUAACCGACUGGCUCUCUGUGGUAAAUCUGCCGUUAUCACAGUAAUGUAGAAUGAUUAUUUCCAUAAAAACACAAAAAGAGCAUUUUGGUCCCAAAAAUUAUGCGUGCUAAGUUCAAAAACUCUAAAAAAAAUAUAGUAUUGUAUUAAGAGAAUUACCUUGGCACUUCCUACGUCGUCAUUAAAUUUUAAGGGAUUAAUUCAGAAUUGAUCAUUCAAGAAUCUUCUUGCCAAAUAAUAUCAGAAUCUAACGUGCAAUAUAUUUGUCACUGUUACCAAAAUGUUUAUUUGUUCAUUAAGUUUAGCUAGUGAAACCAUUGUAAAUAUGUCCAGCAUUGCUAGUAUUUAUUUAUUUUUACAAUUAUUUUGUCUUAUUUUUGUGUUUUUUUUAAGUUAUAUUGAUAAAGGUUUGUGUACUAUUAUGUAUGUUUUAGAUUUUUACACAACAAAAGUGUGAAUAUGUCAAUUAUUUAUUUAUGUACCUAAUAUUUUAUAUGUUGGACACGAGUACAUAGUUAUUUUGUGCUUGGAUGUAAUGUAAAUUUGUAUAAUUUUAAUAUGUUUAAACAAUAAAAUUAUUUUAACACAUAAUAUUCAUUCGUUCUUCAUAUGUUGUGAUGACAUUGUAUAUUUUGUAUCAUAUUGGUAUAAUAAUUAUUAUGAAUGAU